AUGCGCGCCGACAUCUGUGUGCACCUCAACAGACAGGUGUUCAAUGACCACGCCGCGUUCCGAUUGGCCAGUGACAGCUGCCUGCGCUCUCUGGCAGUGGAGUUUAGCACCACACACUGCGCCCCAGGAGACCUCAUCUUUCACAUCGGUGAGAGCGUGGACACCCUCUGCUUUGUGAUCUCCGGGUCACUGGAGGUUAUUCAGGACGAUGAGGUCAUUGCAAUACUCGGUAAGGGUGAUGUGUUCGGAGACGUGUUUUGGAAGGAGAGCACCCUGGCACGCGCCUGUGCAAACGUGCGCGCGCUCACGUACUGCGACCUCCACGUGAUCAGGAGGGACCCGCUGCUGCGCGUCCUGGAGUUCUACACAGCCUUUGCCAGCUCCUUCUCACGCAACCUGCUGCUGACCUGCAACCUGCGCAAAAGGGUGAUCUUCAGGAAGAUCGCAGAUGUGAAGAGGGAAGAGGAGCGUCAGAGAAACGAGGUGGCUCUGUCCAUCCCAGAGGACCAUCCUGUGCGCAAGCUGUUCCAGAGGUUCAGGCAGCAGCGGGACGGGCAGACCCCUGACUACUGUGACCACAACUGUGUCCAGAUCGAGCCACAAGACCACAACAGCUCUGACCACAACAGCGCCCCAGCCCAAGCCUCCCCAACACAGGUCCACAGAGAGGCAGCGGCUCCGGAUGGGAGCGCAGGCAAACCCAGCCUGGAGGCCCCUGUUCAGAGCCCUGCCCCUGCAGUGUCUCUGCGAGGUGGGGCCAAGGGCUGGGCCAAGUUUAAGAGUGCCCCUGCUGCUCCUCCUGCGGCCCCUCCAGCACAGAAAUCCCUGGGGCCCGAUCAGACAGCAGCCGGGCCCCAGGCCUCAGAGGCCAGUGUGGACAGGGGGCCUAAGGAGGAAUCUUCACUGCACAAAACAGACUCCUGUGACAGCGGUAUCACAAAAAGCGAUCUUCGCAUUGACCAUGUAGGCUCCUCCAGGAGCUCCUCAGAGCGCAGCCCCCUGGAGCCACAGAGUGCGGCCCCUGCGCAGGCCGAAAGCCAGUUGCACAGCUCUCUGCAGGAGGCCAAAGCCGAGCUGAAGGGCGACAUCCAGAGGCUGGGCCACUGCAUGUCUGCACUGGAGCUGCAGGUGGGACACAUCCUCCGGCUGCUGACUACAAACAUGCGCCUGUCACUGCCUCCAUCUCUCCCCCCUCAACCCGCAGCAGACCUCCAGGACUCUGCCAGCACACCCAGCCCCGCAGAGGACGAAAGCACGUCUUUCUGA